AUGCAAACGACCGAUUCACAACUGGAGACCUUUGCCGAGAAUGUGGAAUUCUUGUGGAAGCAGGCGAAUGUUCCAGUUUUGCCUUGUCCCCCAAGCCCGAUUCAGUUUCUACGAGAUCAUAUUCAGUGUUCAAAACCUUGUAUUAUUCGCAAUGCGAUAACGGAUGAGAAUGGUGUUCCAAUGAGACUAACUUUGGACGACAUUGCGGAACGUUUGGAUCCAAAGAAGACCAUGUUGACUGUUGAUGUGACACCAGACGGCCAUGGCGAUAGUGUGAGGACAAUGUCAGAUGGAUCUUCAAUAUUUAUCCAGCCAGCAGAGUGCGAAAUGACAAUUGAAGAGUUUCGGCGGCGGUUGCGAGGGCAGACACCUGCUCAUGACAGAACGAAUAUCGACUUAAAUGAACGUCCAAUCCUUACCGAUUCUAUAACAAGACUCUUGUCUGCCUCCAAAGAGAUACCAGACGAGUCAGUUGUGUACUACUCCAGACAGAAUGACUGUUUGAGAAAGGAACUCCCCGACUUGUACAAGGCAUUCCCGCCAGGCAUUGCUUGGGCCGAGGAGGCGCUCGGACCAGAGCAACCUUUGGAUGCCGUCAAUCUGUGGGUGGGAAACGAACGAGCUAUAUCAUCCAUGCACAAAGAUCAUUAUGAAAAUUUAUUCUAUGUCGCAAGUGGGGAGAAGGUAUUUACAGUGUGCCCUCCAGCCAAUGUUGCGUUCCUUUACGAACAACGCCAAUACCGUUCCGGGCGCUUCCAAGUCAACGAACAGAGUAGGGCAUGGGAAGUGUUUGCAGAAGACGAUGAUACCAAAGCUCACUGGAUUGCUCCUGAUGUUGCCAUACUGAACAGUGAUAAAAGAGACCUCCUAUUGGAAGAGUAUCCGUUGCUGAAGCAUGUCAAGCCGUUGGAAAUUCGUGUCCGCGAAGGAGAAAUGUUGUAUUUGCCAUCGCUUUGGUUUCACCGCGUCACACAGUCCUGCGAGACAGUUGGCGUCAAUUACUGGUACGACAUGCGAUUUGACUCUCCAUCAUGGUGUUAUUUCACAUUUCUCCAGCAACUCCAGCAUAUCAAAGAGGUGGAGGACCCGAGCACGUCGUGA